UGACGACGACAUACACCAGAAAGUGGCUCACUGUUGCAUGAUAAGGCGUAUUCCUCAGUGUGUUGAGAACUCUCCGUCAGCACUUAAAGUGACCGUAAUUUCUUACUUUUGUUUUUAUUAUGGGAUUCUUUGCUUUUAUUGGUAUCCUCGUUGUCCUCUAUUACCUCAUAAAUGUGAUCCUCUGGUGCCUUCUUGACUCAGACAUUGAGUUAUUUAUACGAUCUCUCGUGGGCAGGAGAAUCUCUUCGCUGUCUGGCACGGUUGUAUGGAUUACUGGAGCUUCAUCGGGAAUUGGCAAACAUCUGGCCAUUGAAUUGGCCAAGAAUGGUGUCAAAUUGGUUCUCUCAGCCCGCCGUGGGGCUGAACUUGAGAAUGUCAAACGAGAAUGCCUCACACAAUCUCGUGGAUUAUUGCAACCAAUUGAUAUUCUCGUCAUGCAGAUGGAUAUGCUGGAGAUUUCACGUCAUCAACAAUUUUUCGAUCAUGUUCUCCAGCACUUUGGCCGAUUGGAUAUCCUUGUGAACAAUGCUGGACGAUCUCAACGUGCCAAUUGGGAAGAUAUCUCACUUAAAGUGGACCAGGAACUCUUCCAAUUGGAUGUUUUCAGUGUGGUGAAUCUAUCAAGGAUCGCCGUGAGAUACUUCAAGGGAGCCAAUAUAAGAGGACACAUUGCUGUAACUUCCAGUACAGCUGGAUUAAUCCCAGUACCAAAUUCUGCAAGUUAUACAGCAGCUAAAUACUCAAUUCACGGCUACUUUGGUGCCCUUCAGACUGAACAUCCUGACAUGGAUGUUACGAUCUUCUGUCCAGGACCCACCUUUACAGAAUUCCUCCAGGAUGCCUUUACCGAUCGCGAAGGUGUAAAAUAUGGACAAUCAGUACGACCUACAGACAAAAGAAUGACCGCAGAACGCUGUGGACAUCUCUUUGCCAUUGCUCUGGCCAACAAACUCCACAUUAAUUGGGUGGGUCGUUUCCCAAUUUCCCUACUACUCUACAUUUGCCUCUAUUUCCCCAAUAUUCGUGUUUUCUUCACCAAAUACGUAAGCCUCUCUGGGCUGAAAAAGAUAAGGGACAGCAAUUAAGAUAUUGUUGAUUUUUGAACAAUUGAGAUGCUGUUAACAUUCUUUUUUUUCGUUUUUAUUUGAAAGCAUUGAAAAGGGAAUUUUUAGGCUGGAAUUCGAGUAAAUACAGUGGGACCUCGAUAGAGUCAACUAAUUAUUUCCAGACCUGUUGACUCCAUUGGAUUCGUUAACCCUCUAACGGUGUUUUCUUUAAUAUGCGAAAAAAAAGUUCUAAAACAAUGUUUUCUAGGAUAAUUAUGAUCCAAUAAAGUCGAAAAAACCAUCCAUUCUUCAUUAUCUUUUUUAGUUUAGGCGCUAGGUGAAAAAAUAUAAAAAUUUUUGAAACUCUUUUUGCUUCUAAAAUUCACAUUUUUAGUUUUUUUCAAAUUUUUUAAAUAAAAUAUACAAAGUAGAAUGACAUAUCUUUCAGUAAAAAAUAAUUUUAUUUUAGUCAGAUAACCGGUAUUUUUAUGGAAAUUGGAAAUGAGUUUUUUUGCACUAAUAUUUUUUUGUUGCUUUUUCUCUGACCUGUCACACAAAACUGGGAAUAGCAACAAAACGAAGAGUCAAAAUGAGUUCAAACUUUCAAGAGAUGUUUAUAAGACUAUUACCGAGGACACUAUAGCACUUUUAAAUAAAUAAAACCUUUAUUGUCGCUGUAAAUGUGAUUUUUGUGAAGACCGCCUGGAGGCGGUCUUACCCGUUAGAGGGUUAACUCUAUCGGAGUCCGAAAACAAUCAAUUAAAAUGUGAAAUUUUGAUAUAAAGGGAUAUUAUCUUAUAUAUUUGUAUUAGAUCAUUAAUAAAUUUAACACGAGAGUA